AUGUUGUUCCUUCCCUUAACGUGUCUGGCAUUCAUUGGUUUUGCAUCACCUAUUCUAGCUCAGUCGGUCUUUGCUCAUGUCAUAGUGGGAAACACCUAUAGCUACACCCAAGCUAGCUGGGCAAGCGACAUUGCGGCCGCAAUCGCCGCCGGCAUCGACGGAUUCGCACUCAACAUUGCCUAUGCCGAUACAGUCAAUUCAAAUGGAUACGUUCAAGCUCAGCUCGACAACGCAUAUCUGGCCGCCGACGCCGCUGGCUUUCAGAUGUUCCUGUCGUUUGACUACCUAGCCCAGGGUGCCUGGGAUCAGAAUGCGGUGAUCACGACGGUCAAUGGUUACGGCCCGCGCUCUAGUCAGUUCAAAUGGCAGGGCAAGCCGUUAGUCUCGACCUUUGAGGGUGCAGAUAAUGCAGGCGACUGGGCUUAUAUCAAAUCCCAAACCAACUGCUUCUUCGUUCCAGACUUUUCGAGCCAGGGUGCAGAUGGUGCCGCCGGCAAACCCAAUGUGGAUGGUCUUCUUUCUUGGAAUGCAUGGCCAAACGGCGCUAGCGACAUGACAGAUAAUGACGAUAAGGCUUACCUGACCGCGCUGGACGGCCGACCCUACAUGAUGCCAGUCUCUCCCUGGUUCUACACCAAUCUCCCAUUAUGGUCAAAAAAUUGGCUUUGGCGCGGUGAUGAUCUCUGGCACGACCGCUGGGAUCAAGUUCUCGACGUGCAGCCAGCUUUUGUUGAGAUCCUGACUUGGAACGACUGGGGAGAAUCCCACUAUAUUGGCCCAAUGCCGCCGACUGAUUCCGCCAUUCCGGACGGCGCGGGCCCCUACGUUUUGAACAACCCGCAUCAUGCCUGGCUGAAAGACUUGCCUCACUAUAUUGCAGCCUACAAAAACACGAGUCGGCCGGAUGAGAGUCAUAUAACAUUCUGGUACCGCCUUAAUCCUGCAUCAGGAAGUGUGUGCGGGGCCGGAACGACAUGCAACACUCCCACUCAGGGCCAGGUGGCUCUGAGUCCGCAGGAGUGUGACCUUGACGCGGUCUUCUUCACAGCAUUUGUGCCGGACACCGGCGUAGCAACAGUCAACGUGACAAUUGGCGGUUCGACGCAAACAGUUUCUGCAGGCACGCCUGGCAUCUUCCAUUCCAAUGUGCCAUUUGCAGAUUUGACUGGAGAUGUCACAGUGUCCGUUACCACUAGCGACGGCACUGAGAUUGGUCCUGUUAAUGGUGCACCCAUCACCACAGACUGUCCUGGUGGAAACAUCAACUGGAAUGCAUGGGUUGGAGGCUCUUAG